AUGGCACCCAAAAGGCCACGGGAUAACACUGGUGCGGCGGAUGCGUCCACAGACAUUCCUGCUCCUGAUACACCAGAUGCCGCUAUGACUGUUGUACGUCGUCUCGUGAAACAGUUCAGUCUCGAUGUUCAAAUAGAAGAUGACGACUCAGGUCUUUUCUCCAAAGUUACGUAUGGUGACGUCGCUCCUCUCGUCGGACUUGAACCCGGGAAUGCGUUGAAAGACAUUGGAACCUUCGAAAUCCACCGCUCUCGUAUUCCCACAGAUCUUUUCAAGUCGAUUGUGAUGGACCUAGAUAUCUUGUUAAUGCAGUACGGGCCCCCUCAUGAGCAUAAGACAGAAGAGGCGAGAUCGAGAUUCUUCUCUCCAAUUUUUAACCACCUCGUCAAGCUGUUCACUUUCACGCUAAGGAAUGACCCAGAGACCACAAUUUCCGGUCACAUUGCUACGCAGGGCUGCAUUGAAUACUACUUCAAAGCUUUUGGCGCUGUUGCGGUUCUGUUCGUCGAGAUAAAGCUGAGAGUGUUGAAUGAUGAGGAACGUUUGAAGGCUAUUGCCCAGGUUAUAGCCGAAGGCGAUGGUUGCGACGCCAGCAACCUCGCUCAAAAUUUUUCUCUACCCAUCCACUGCAUUUUCUUCGAUGGCUGGGCGUUCGAAUUUUUCAAGUACGAAAGAGCGCCAAAUCGAACUUUUUUACGUGGCUGCUUUCAUGGAGAUCCGAAGCACCUCCGGCGUGGCCUGGAAAUGCUUGACUUUGUCCGCAUGGAAACUCCUCUUCCCUGGAUUCUCCGGUUUCGCUGCAUAUGUGAGACCAUCUUUGACGUGAUGCUGAGUGCAUAUAUCGCAGGCUUGAAGGCGUAUAACAAUCGAUCGCUAGGAAAGGGGAAGAAGUGGGGUUUGACGGAUUUGGAUGAAUGGGAUAAGCCCCUUCAAUCGGCUGAAGAUGCGCUGGUUGCAUUCAGGAAGGCUGAGGAUCUGCGCGAGGGAGGUGAUCUUGAUGGUGCGGAUACGACCGUUGACAAGGCGCUUCUUGCGCUGCAGGAGAGUACAAGUGCAGUGCCCACUAUGUACGAAUCGCCACUCCUCAUGACUGCCUGGGAUAAUGCUGAGAUUAGGAAGGCGUGA